AUGCAUGAUCCCUGCACUCGCGAUGACCGAAAUUCCCAGGCAUCUGGGAUGAUAAGCUCAUAUCCUGACCCUGCCGGAAUGUCUCAUAAGCAUCAUGUCGCCCAUCAUGGAGAUAUGAGUAACGAACCUGUCUCGCAAGGCGGGGAGUCAGACCUGGAGCUGUCUAGCGAUGAUGGGGGAUACUCGCUAACACCCUCACUCAUAGACGCCAUGGAGGAACUUGCUGUCCGGUGUAAUUGCCCACCAACUCAGGACGGAGAGACACAUAUCACUCACGAGCUAGCUUCCAAGGAGCCACCAGCUAUGCAAGAUCUCAGUUAUCAACCCCCCUUUCUAUUAACAGGAGAGGAUCAAAACCGACGCAAUCUCGGCUCACUCUCUAGCCUCGAUCUUUUGUGGCCGAAAUGUCCUAUCGGUAUAGAAAAUGCUCCUAUGAUCAUUAAGUGGGAGCUUCAUCGUGUCGCGCUCCAUUGCUCCAUAAACACUGCAACUAUCUCACUACUAUAUCAAGCAUCAGAAAAGGCUUUCCCGCAACGAUGCAGACUUAAGCCUCAGUUCUCAGUCAUUUGGAAGGCUAAACUUUGUCUGGGCACUCAGAAGGGAGAUCAUAAAAUUGAGCUUGAGCCUCCUGUGCUGGAGACCAGUUCCAGGCUUCGGCGAAAGUUCGGGUUUGACAGGUUUAUAGAGCUUCAGUUGCUGUCAGGCUCUCUGUCAAAGUCUUUCCGAGACGUCGAUCUAAGGAAAUCACUGGCUCGGUGGCUAGUUCACACACGCCAAGCUUUUCUCCAUCGCGAGUGGGCUGCUUUCUUCGUGCAGGAUUGCAACAUUGCACCAACCUUCCCUAAACGAGUGUUUUUGUUUGCGGAGCGAGGGCAUGGCCUCAUUCCCUCUAUGAAAAGCGAACAUGCAGUUACCGGAACCAUACGUAACCAUCGUGCUAACAUCCUAUCACCAAAGGGUGUUAUCAUGAAUGAUGGUAUUGGAAGACUAUCUCCCUCGCUUAUGCGAGAGGUGGGGAAUGCUCUUAGUCUAGAGAGCAUUCCAUUAGUUAUUCAAGGGAGAAUAGGGAGCGCCAAGGGAUUAUGGAUAACAGACAUGACUUCAGUGGGCGAUGAGAAAUGGAUUGAGAUAUACAGCUCUCAGCGGAAAUGGGCAUGUGACUGGUUCGAUCCCGCCCAUCGCACUCUUGAGGUUUUUGUCCCUAUCCUGGAGGCCGGAGCAAUCGAUAAAGAGUUGAUGCGAAAAACUAUCGUCCAACAUAUGGCUGUUCAACUCAGGAGCGACUUGGAACGUGCAAAGAAUGCCAUGAGGCAGCCUGAGAGUCAAGGCGACUCAGGGUUCGUUGGGGGACUGCCUAAGGAUUUUGCAGAUAUCAUGAACUUCCUCGUGGACGGGGGUUUCGAUCCGUUGAAGCUUCAGUUCCUCAACGAGCUUGACAAGUUGAAUGUCAAGGUACUAGCGGCCGAUGAAGUCCACCUCUGCUUCUCAUCUAUCUUCAAUGAUGGUACCAGAGAGCUACACGACCUAGAAGGAAUGGAUGUACUGGUCGGCCGCUGCCCUGCGCACCUUCCAAGCGACAUACAGAAAGUGAAGGCUGUCUUCAGACCGGAGCUCCGCCACUUGAAAGACAUUAUCAUAUUCCCUUGCACAGGAGACAAACCGCUCGCGCAAAAGCUAUCGGGUGGUAAUUACGACGGUAAUAGGGCGUGGAUCUGUUGGGAUCCGGAUAUGGUCAACAAUUUUGAGGGUGUUGAUAUACCACCUAAGCCUUCGUUUGAAAGGUAUUUCCUGCCAAAUACUCGACAAUUAGGGGGCCUUUUUUCUUGCCAUGGCAAAAAGCAUUUUCUGGAUCGAUUAUUGGAAGAGGCCUUUGCGUUUCACCUUGCGCCCACCUUUAUCGGCAUUUGCACAAGCCACAAGGAAAAGCUGGCCUAUCACAAGAACAGCAUCAGCGAAGAGUCUGUUAUCAACCUAAGCUGGCUUCUCAGUGAUCUUGUGGACCAAGAUAAGAGUGGCUUUGUGUUCAACGAAGACAUUUGGCGACGGAUCAAGAGGGAGAUGGGCGGUGGCAUGUUGGAUCUGGCUCCACCGGCGUACAAAGCGAAUACAAUCAGAUACCUCCCGGAGACUUGCCAUAUAAUCGACUACCUCAAAUUGACCUUCUCUAAGAUUAUUCGAGACGGGUUGGUGGAUUUUGGAAAGACCCUGCUGGUGAAGGAUGGCGACGAUGGCAUAUCAAGACCAACAACAUUUGACGCAGACCUCACUGGCUACUGGAAUAGCUUUGAAAAAGAAGCGGACGAAUUCAUGCGCCGACAUCGUCUUUCAUCUACUUGGACUUCGGAGCUUCGCUCAAACUUGACGCUGGAUAUCGAAGCUUGCGUCUCACUUUGGGUCAAGUCAAUGAAUUCCAGUAGAUCAUAUAUCGAAAAAGCCGUUCCAGCAUGCGAAGCAUGGCGCAAGAUCGUUCCGAGGGUUGAUUGCAAGUCAGAAGUGGCUUUGGCGGUGAUGUGGUCACUGAGAAGGCAGCCUUUUCCCCAGCCGGAUCUGGAUAUCUGGCAGCUGCUGAAAGCCAGUCUAACUUUCAAACUACAUCAUCAACGUUCUUGGUUCGUGUGGCAGGUUUCAGGCCGCCAGCUCCAGUUUAUCAAGGCGUCCAAGGGAGCAGCUUCAGGACAGAGGCCAAUCCCAGUUAUUGAGAAUAUGUACCGGGUUCUGCGGCCGGAUGGCAAGCGAAUCACCAAACUUGAGAUGGACCAAGAUCGAGGGCCAGGGCAAGACGGUGAAGAAACAGACAUGCUGGACUUGUAG